AGCAGGACGAGACCUCAGCCGGGGCCAGCCGCGGCUCAAGAUGCUUGGACAUCUUUUCACCCUUAGCUUUCUCCUCACCGCCUCGAGUCUUUUACCAUCAGCAGAACACGCCCCCCCCUUCCUAUUAGACCACCCUCAUCCAACCGAAGAUCUGAGGUCGCAGAGAAAGCCCAAGUUCGCAUGGCGGACGCGCGCGAUCCGGCUGGUGCUGUUGGCCAGCCCGACCACAGCACGCUCGAGGUUGUCGAGGGACACUACCACGACAAGGCAGUCUUCAGCAAGAAUGACAAAGUCGCCUACGUCCCCUCCCGCGGGGACUACAAGGUAGUCGUCCAGCAAGAGACCGACGCUCAGAAGCCCGCCACGCCGGGCGCCUACAGCGACCAGAACCAGCCCGAGCAGUAUUCCCCCCAGACGACGUAUGCCCCAGGCGCAUCUGCCUGGAAAGGAGACGCCUUCUCGGCGAGGGAACCUCCGCAGACGGACGGGGGAGGCAAGAAGAUUCUUGGAUUGAAGAGGCGGACCUGUUUCACCGUCAUGUGGGUCGCCUCCCUCCUGGUGGCCAUCGGCGUCGGCGUCGGCGUCGGCGUCGGCGUCUCGAUGCGUUCAAGCAGCGGCAGCGGCAGCGGCAGCGGCGGCAGCGACGAAGGGGCCGACCUGGGGUCCGACUCCGCCAUGCCUCCGCGGACGACGACUCCGGGGAGCACGGGGGCCGGCUCGGCCGACAGCAGCAGCAGCGUGACCGUGACCGGGUCGGCCUCGCGGGGCGCGACCCCGAGCUCCGUGACCCUCACGGCGCCGCGGAGCACGGCGGCGGUGCAGAUCGGCGGCGUCGGCGGGAGGUGCUCCAACAACUGGGGCGCCGACUGCAUCUGCCUCGACCGCGACGUCUGCGUCAACCGGUGGCAGGGCGAGCCCAUGACGGGCACCGGCCCCGGCGACUGGCCCUGCCCCGAUGAUCCCAACAACAUCGUCGCCUGCAUCGUCAAGCCCUGCCUGGGCAAGCCGGAGGGGUCGCAGUGCAUGUGGAGCGAGGCGUGCAGGCAGGUAGAUAACAGAACGCAGACCGCUUCAUCUCGCGGGAGAAGGGCAAACCGCGACUGCCUCGAAGAACCGGCGUCCGCGGCAAGAGCCCAAGGCGUCAGGGCUCAGCACGGAAUCUUGUUGUACGAUACCUAGGGUUUUGCCAUGGCUGCGCAUUACGAAGAGGCUAUGAAUCAUGUGAUGGGUAAUGUGCUUAUGACCGGCUAGGGUGCAUAAUAGAAGAACCCGUCUUAUUUCCUUGGGUCCUGGACAUGAUCAUUUUUUAAUCAUUUCCCGGACGUCUCUUGCCUUUUACAAGGUGCAUUCAUGGACCUAUAUUAGCAGAGCUGCCUUGUUGUGCUGUUGAUGGUUAUUAUCUUGCUACUCAAUUUUUUGUAAGAAGUCCG